GCGGCUGCAAACAACUGAAGCCACAGAUAAAAAAAGGCAGCCGCAGAUCACCCAACCCAGAGACCUGGAGCCAUACGCCCUCCUAGACCCACACUGAAUGACAAACACUUUCCAGGAGUUGCUAAAGUCCUAGGAACACACGGUCACCUGGGGCCACCAGUGCAGUGACUGACAGACUGACUCAAUAAGGAGCUACAGCCACUGAGCCCCCUGGAUUUCAAAGGGACAACUCAUGUGAGGAAGGAGAGUAGGAUCUGGCCUGCAGGCUCAUUUGAGAAGGCUUUCUGUGAAUAUGCCUCGGUUUUCCACUCAUCUCAGUCCUGUCUCAAGGUCUGUAUUUUACAUGUCACUUAUCCACCUUAUUCCCUCUCAAGUUCAUAGUGUUGUUUUCAAGACUGAAUAAAGAUCUGACUGCAGAUGGCAUUUACGAGCAUGACCACCCAGAACUACUCGGCAAACCUGGAUUAUUAUACGGGUUCUAGUUCUGUUUUGCUGCCAUAUGACAACCUGUUUAACCACACAGACAUCAUUUGUGAAAAAGGUCACGCCCAGCAGUUUGCUCAAACUUUCCUGCCAGCAUUUUUCUGGAUUGUCUUCUCCAUUGGCACCAUGGGUAAUGCCUUAGUCAUCCUCGUCUACUGGAAAUACAGACACAGAAAGAGCAUCACUGACAGAUACCUGCUGCACCUGGCCAUUGCUGAUCUGCUCCUCCUUCUCACUCUCCCUUUCUGGGCAAAAGCAGCUUCAGAUAGCUGGAUCUUUAAGAAUUUCAUGUGUAAAAUUGUCAAUAGCAUGUACAAGAUCAACUUCUACAGCUGUAUGUUGUUUCUGACAUGCAUUAGUUUUGACAGGUACAUUACAAUUGUCCAGGCCAUGAAAGCUAAGAACUCUAAGCGAAAAAGGCUUCUGCGCAGUAAACUAGUUUGCUUUGGUGUUUGGCUGACUGCAAUAGGCUUAUGCAUCCCAGAAAUAGUAUACAGUGAAUCUAAGCAAGUUAGUGAUACAACUGUUUGCAAGAUGGUAUACCCUAUCACAGUUACCCGAACCAUCAAAGUUACUAUCCUAGCUUUGAAAAUCACAAUAGGAUUCCUCCUUCCUCUCUUUGUCAUGGUUACUUGUUAUGCUUUUAUAAUUCAUACCCUUCUUCAAGCGAAAAGAUCCCAAAAGCACAAAUCAUUAAAGAUCAUCAUCAUGAUUAUCAUAGCUUUCCUCCUCUCCCAGUUGCCCUACAACAGCAUUUUGCUGGUCAAAACCAUUGACACCUACACCAUGGUCAUAUAUGACUGCAAAACCUCUGACAACAUUGACCUUGGAUUCCAGAUAACUCAGUGCAUCGCCUUCCUUCACAGCUGCCUGAACCCCUUCCUCUAUGUGUUUGCUGGGGAGAGAUUCCGUAAAGCCCUCUUUAAAAUUCUGGAGGAUGCAAUUCACCGCACUGGUAAGAGCCGAGAACAGAGCUCUUUCAUAUAUGAUAGCCAAGAAGGGAGCUCAAAAUGGUCUGGAUUGCUGGGGUCAUCAAAAAUCAGGAGCUCUCUCACUUUGAGUAUGCACCAAUAUUCCUCACUCACACCCAACUUUUGCCAAGCUACUUUCGAAGUUAAUGGGAGUCUGGCUAGAGGAAGGAGUACUGAAUUCAGUGCUCUGUAAGUGAUUCUUACCCUGUGAAAGAAAAAGAAAGAUCCUGCUCAACAAAGUGAAUUAGGAUCUUCAUCAGGGGCUUGAUCCAAUGAUCCUUCAAAGUAUUGAGCAAUCUCAACUUCUGCUGAAGUCAGCAGGAGUUGAGGGUGCUCCACAGCUUCCCCUGGAGUGCUGAACACCUUCAAAGAUCGAGCCCUACACUUCUGGCUGAAAGUGAAACCAUUGAAAAGAGCCAGAGAAAUAGUAUAACGCUAUCUGGAAGCAGAACUGUCAAAGGAUAGGGGAUUUUAAAAACAAAUCUUGUUACAACUGUAAAUAUCCAACCCAGCUGUGGCAAUGAACAAUCUGAAGCAGCAAGGGAUUUAAGGGAAUGAUCACCUGUGGUCAUGGAGCUCAGUUACUGUAGCCAUGGACAUAGCUAAGACUUGGUGGCUGCUUCACACUGCCCCAUUCCGAUCCAUGCCGACUGACUAAAGCCAGGGGAGGAGUCAGGCCAGUACUGUUUUCAAUGGGAGUUGCAGGUGCUCAGUACCUGUCAGGAUCAGGCCUUAAUUGGUUGAUCUUUGUAUAAUGCUUCAUAAAUGAAAAAUGCUACAGAUUGUUACGGUCAUGUCACUGACAGCUUUUCAAAGUCCCUUUUCUGUAACAGAUGGAAGUAGGGUUGCCAAGUUUCUACUUGCACAAAACCAAACAACCUUGCCCUGCUCCCUGCCCAGCCCCUUCCCCGAGGCCCUGCCCACCACUCACUCCAUCCCCUCCCCGUCCCUCUGUUGCUUGCUCUCCCCACGCUCACUCACUCAUUUUUACCGGGCUGGCUCAGGGGCGGUUGUGAGGGCUCUGUCUGGGAGUACAGGCUCUAUGGUGGGCUAGGUGGUGGUGAGUUUAGGGUGUAGGAUGGGGCUCCGGGCUGCGGCUGAGGGGUUUGGAGGAUGGGAGGGGGAUCAGGGCUGGGGCAUGGUCAUGGGAGGGGGUCAGGAGUGCCGGCACCGGGCGGGGCUUACUUUAGAUGAUUCCUGGAAGCGGCAGCAUGUCCCCACUCCGGCUCCUAAACGGAGGCGUGGCCAGGUAGCUCUGCACACAGCCUUAUCUGCAGGCGCCACCCCUGCAGCUCCCAUUGGCUGCGGUUCCCAGCCAAUGGGAGCUGCGGAGCCGGCACUUGGGACAGGGGCAGUGCGUAGAGCCCCCUGGCUGACCCUAUGCCUAGGUGCUGCAUGGGGGAUGUGCCGCUGCUUCCAGGUGCUGCAGGGAGCCACAGCAGGCCAGGAACCAGCCUUAGCCCUGCUGCACCACUGACUGGACAUAUAAUGGCCUGAUCAGCGGUGCUGACUGGAGCCGCCAGGGCCCCUUUUUGACUGGGUGUUCUGGGCGAAAACUGGACACCUGGCAACCUGAGGUGAAAGCUGUUUUUAGAGAGAGUUGCAACAUUUCUCAGGAUCAGCCCCAGAAUCAUCUAGGGUAAAUUUCUGCACUCAAUGACAUCAUUUUAAAUUCAGAGUAACUCUGGUUCCUUCACUAGAGCUACUCCAGAUUUACACCAGAGUGAAUGAGAACUGAAUUUGACUCCCCUGAUGCUUUUUUAUUCAGUCUCUGAUUUGUAAGUGUAACCUCAGUGAAGGCAGAUUUAAUUUUGUUCCACUUCCAAAGCUGCUACAUUGCUAGACUAGUGGACAUAUGAUGGUUUCUUGCUGGUGGAACUGAGUUGAUUUAGAUUCUUCUUUGUUAGGUCUUUGAUUUUAGGGUGAAACUAUGUGCAUGGUUUGUACCAUAAUGCUUUGAUGUUAGACACUUGCAUUAUAUAUACACAUAAAUAAACAUUGUAUCGUACAGCACAAUUUUUAGAGGGUCAUAUUUGUAAUUUUCUGGCAAUAUGGCAUUUGCCUUUUACCCUCUGGUAAAGCUGGACGUAACGAACAAACGGAUGCCUGAAUGAACCACGCUGAGCAUAAUAAACUGGUUCAGAAAGUGUAUCCAGCCUGAGGCCUGUAAGGCAGAGAGAGGGAAGGAGUGGAACCUAAGGUGUGGGAACAGUUUAGAGAGACUGGAGAUGGGCCAGUCUCACACAUGAUGCAAUUAUAAUGUCCUGCGCAUCUAUAGCAUCUGUUGCUCAGGGGUGUCAAAAGCACCUCACAGGCAUGAAUGAAUUUAGCCUCUCAAUAUUCCAAGUGCACAGGGAGACUGUGGCAGAGUCAGAAACGGAAUCCAGCUUUUCGGUGCCAUAAACACAAGACCAUCCUUCUGACUGACAAGAUCUGGGCAUAAGUGAUGCACAGCUUUGCUGUCUGUUCUCUUCUGCUCCCUAACAUGCACUGGACUGUACGUCUCUUGGUGGCCAUUUUAGUUUUGGUAAGCACUCAUGGAAGGAGCUCUUUCAGUGUUAUCAUGGCUCCAGGACGAGUGCAACAGGCACACAGAGCAUUGGAAUUAAGGAUCAUAUUCCCAGCUAGCCUCCAUUCUGAGCACAAUUUUCACACUGACCCAUCGGCAUGUACAAAGCCUAAAUCGUUGUGCACAAAUAAGGCAGCUAGACACACAAUGACCUGACUGGCACAUGUGCGGGCAAAGGGACAUACACAGGCAGUUUUGAGAUUGCAAGUUUCAAGAAUGCUGAGGAAAACAUGGUACAAAAAAGGAAAGAUAACUCUUUAAAGUAAAUGGUAAGGAAAAGUCCCAAAGAAAGAGCUAAGAUAGGGCUUAUGCAAAGAAGACUUUGGUGACAAAGCCCCAAAUUGCAAGUAGAAGCAACAAAACUGCUGUUUAUCGAAAUGAUGUAGGAUUUAUUAACUUAUUGAGAGUUUGGCCUUACAAGGCGUGGAGCAUUCCUAGGACAUUCUGAGUGCCCUCAGCUAUCACAGACUACAGUUGAUUGUGCUCAACACCAUGCAGGAGUGCUCAGUGCUUUGCAGGAUGGCGCUUCAACACAACGCGAAACAGCAUGAAAAGAACAUGAUAGACUGAUUACUUUUAGUACCCGAGAGAGCAAAGCAUGUUAUGGAAAAUAAAUCCUGAGUUCGUGUCUGUUUGAGAGAUGCUCGCUGCACUGGGGCAUAGAAUAAAACCAAUGGACACAUUUAUGAACCGCACAGCACUUCGUGAGGCUUUGUAUAUUAAAGUUGUUCUAUACAAUAUAAUUAUCCUGGUAAAAAAAACCCUAGAUAAUUAGAGUAUUUUAAACACGCACAAACAUUUAGAACAGGUGUUACUUAGAUCCCCUUUGGAGACUCACUUAUCUCAAGGCAGGGACGGAAAUGAGCCAUAAACAUAGCAUUGUUUUUCUGCUAAUUAAAUUCUAGUUAAAGUUUUACUUCCCCUGCAAGCUGCCUUCUUAAUCCUUAGCCCUGAACAGUAAAUGAGCAAACCUUAGGCACUGACUUGAUGUCCAGGACAAAUGGCCUUCUCUGACAUGGAUUCCAGCUCCAGCUCCAGCCAGCAGCUCCUAGGACUCUCCUUGUGAGCACAGUGCUGCUUGCCCUGCCUUUUUAGCUCAGCUGUGAGAACCACAGUGAGUUCAGGCUUUGGCUAAAGCAGUGGAAUCUUCACGUAUGAAAGACAGUGCACCCGCUUCUCAAACAGCAAGAAAACCACAUUAGCAUCUUCCAAUCGAAAAAAUCUACACCAGCAGAGCAAACUAUGUAGAUAAUUACCCAUGAGGUGCUGAUUAGCUCUUCACCACUGUUCUUCACAUAUCCCCCAGUGUGGGGAAAUAGUGAAAGACUGCACUUCAAAAUACCCUCACCUGGUUGCAUGUCACUUUCAGUAUUACUUUUUUGUCAGCCCUUUGAAGUCUCAAGUCUCCUUUAUAGAAAUAAUGGCUUCUUUUCUGUGUGGUAUUUGGUGACCCAUGUUCCUGGGUUAAUUGACACAUGAAGCUUUUGAGUGUUCUGAAACCUAAUCUGUAUUUUCUCAUACAGAAAGGUUGCGACCCGGUCAUGCUACUUUGCCUAUGAGUCACUUCUUGGAUCUUCUUGUAUUGUCAUUGGAAGGUUUUUGAAGCAACGACAGUCUAAUGUGUUAUACAGAAAUAGAACAAUUAGAUUGCAGGCUAUGGGACUUUGGCAUAAUUUGGACAGAAAGGCUUAGAAAAACUGCCCCAUUUGGAACCUGUCCAGCACAUUGUAUAAUAACUGCUGUAUCUCCAGGUCUUAGUCAGCCCAAAUUCUUAAUUGAUUUCACUGAGACUUUUGCCUGAAUAAAGACUGGUAAGAACUAUGAGCUAGUUUUUGCUCUGUUACAGCAAAAGAAAGCUGAUCUAACUUUGCUGGAUUUGCACUAGUGUAACAGAGCAGGACAUAACUCUGAGUAGGCUUUUGUGCACAGAAUUUUGAGGAGACAAUAGGAAAGAGAGAGAAUAAUUUAAAAAACCUGUAGGCUCUGAGCUAGUUAAAAAUUGGUGUUACAGAAAGAAACGUUUCCACUGAUGGGCCAAAGGCAGCACCAUUUACAGGGGGCCCAGUGAGUUGUGCGCACACGAGGGCAGAAUUUGGCCAAUAUCAGGUAUACGCUUGGUGGUGUAGUUUCAGCUCUCUGCAUCAUGACUGUUUGCUUUUCCCACGGGCUUCACCCUGCACCCCCAUCCUGUGUAGUUUUAGCAUGUGCUCAAUUCAUAAGGUCUUACACAGCACAGACAAAAAUUAAACAAAUAUGUGACCUAAUUUGGCACAGACUCACCUGUCACAGCCAGGUUUGCUGGCUCACUCACCUGUUACACCAGUCUGACAAGAUUCCUUUGAGGAAGUGGGAAAAUCUCUGAGGAGAGCCCCAGUUGUUUUCCAUCCCAUGUAUGGUCCUUCACUGAUGCAUUGCUAUCUAUGGUGAUGUUGUUCCUUCUCACGCACUCACCCCCCACCCCCGUGUUCCAUAGUGAUCCCCUCCAUUAUUUCAUUGUAGGAUAAAGCCAAAACUUUCAAAUGUGGGUGCCUAAAGUUAGGUUCUUACUUCCAUAUAUGGGCACCUACACUUGUGGCCUGAUUUUCAAAAGCAUCUGUGGAAGCUCCUGGGUGCUCAGUGCUUUUGAAAAUCAAGUCACUUAAUAUCAGUGCUUAAACGUGCAUUUCAGGGUACAGCUACACAGCUACCAGCAGCAAGCCUCUAAGCCUGGGUCGACAGACUUGGGCUCACCCUACAAAUAGCUGGGUAGCAGCACUUUGAAGUUGUGGCCUUCAGAAUCGAGCUUCAGACCAAACUGCCAUGUCUACAUAGCUAUUGUUAGCAGGGUGGCAUGAGCCUUGUAAGCCCAAGUCUGUCAACCCAGGCUCGGAGACUCCUUUCCACAGACUUACCCUAAGAGGCUAACUUUAGGCACCCAUGUUUCAAAAUCUUGGCCAAUAUCAAUUUUCUCUUACUUCUGACCACCAAACACAAAAGGUAAAUUAAAAAAAUUGGGUUAGAAUACUUAAAUCAAUGGAGAAAUACCAGAGAGGAACUUGGCCCAAUGGGCCAAAUUCUGACCUUGAUUACACCUAUGUGUUUUCCAUUGACUCAGUUUGUCCAGGUGUCGAUGAAUGCUGAUUAUGGCCCAAGGGGCAUUUAGUCUUCUCAUUGAUCUAGCAAAGAACAGACAUUCCCCCUCCUCCUCCCAAUAACAAUUUGCUCACUAGAAAUUUGACUUCUGGGUCCUUACUGUAUAUACUCUGAAUUCAAUGCAACUCAUUAUGGGUUAAAUUCACCUCUGUGCAAAGAACCAGAACAAAGUCUAUGCAUCAUGUAAGCAUUUGCAGAGGUGUGAAUUUCACCCGAUUACUUUACUGGCAUUAUACAAGCAAGCCUCAAGAUUUUUCUUAAUUUUUUUCUUGCUUAAAACCUGAUUGUGCAGUAUUUCAAUUUCUCAUCUUCAAGACAAAACCAAGGAUGCUCACUCUAAAUGAUAUAGAAUUUUAUUUAUUGAAUUCCUGAGUAAAAAUAAAAAGUAUCAAGAAAUAUUCCAGUACAAAGCCGUCUACAUCCCCAUAAAUGUACAGACGUCAAUAUUCAAAAAAGCUUUAUUCCUCUGUGAAAGUUAAGUUGAACUUGGUGCAAAUCCAUUGUGCAAUUCUUUGGCAGUUAUGACCAAAAGAUAUUUCUGAAGAAGUUACAGUAAAUUUCAUUGAGCAUUAUUAAAACUAUAGUGCAAGGUCAAUUUUAAAACAAAACCAAGUCAAGUCAUGUAUUGCAGCUUUACAACUUCAUCAUUUUAUAAAGCUGUAAACUCUUUUUAUGCAAUACAUGUCAGUAAGUUUUCAUGAACCAAUUUUCAGUAACACUUAUAGAAGUGUAAAGGAACACUGUCAAGCAAUGAAAAAAACAAAAAGACAAAAAACAA